AUAUUUAUUAUCCAAAAUGAAGAUUCCAACUUAUGCAUUAAAGUGGACACCCCUGGCCUCAUUCUGGAAGACUGCGAUCAACUCUCAAAAGACAUGUUAUGGAAAUGGGUAUCCAAUCGCCGUCUUUUCAACAUAGGCAGAAGUACCUGUCUGGGACUGAACGUCAGUAGGCCAGAACAGCCGUUAAGUAUGCUUGAAUGUGAUUCAACUCAAUACUCGUUAUGGUGGAAUUGUGAUGGAAAAGCAUUAGUUGGUGUAUCGGAGUACAAAUUAGCUGUUGAAAACAGCAAACGUAUUGUGGCCAAAAAAAAAUCUACUGAUCAGUGGAAACAGUAUAUGUCCUAUGAUGAAGACCUCUGUGAACACCCAUUUCAAGAAACAUACACCUUGCUGGGAAAUUCCUUUGGUUUGCCGUGCAUUUUUCCAUUUAAAUAUAACAACAAGUGGUAUUAUGAGUGUACGAGAGAUGGAAAGGAAUUUGACUGGUGUGCCACAACAACUCACUAUGAACAAGAUGAAAAAUGGGGGUUUUGCCCAAAUGCUGAGAGUGGCUGUGACGUGUUUUGGAAGAAGAACCCUGACACCCACCUUUGCUACCAGUUCAACCUUGCAUCUGUGCUGACCUGGCGUGAGGCAAGAGCUGUCUGUCAGCUGCAAGGAGGAGACCUGCUGAGUGUCACCAGCCCUGAAGAGCAGAACUACAUAAGUAACUUAAGCAGGCAGUUAAAUGUCACAGACAUGAUGCUGUGGACAGGCCUAAAUCACCUGGAGGAAGAUGCUGGCUGGCAGUGGUCAGAUGGAGCACCACUAGUGUUUGUGAACUGGAGAGCAAAUGUCUCUGAUAGCCGGUUUAGAGAAAAUCAUUGUGCAGUGAUUAACACAAAAUUGACGUAUGGCUGGCAAAGUUAUUUAUGUGAAUCUGGAUUGCCUUUUGUAUGCAAAAAAUACUUAAAUAAGACAGAGCAUGAAGCAUUGGAUACAUGGAAGUAUUAUGGCACUCGUUGUGAUGCUGGCUGGUACCCACACAAUCGCAACUGCUACAGACUGCAUGAAGAGGAGAAGAGCUGGGAUGAUGCUUCUGUCUCAUGCCAGAGUGACAGUAGUGGGCUCAUUAGCAUAUCCUCCAUGGCAGAUGCAGAGCUGCUUCUUAACUUGCUUGAAAGUGAAAAUGUAACUGAAACAUGGAUUGGGUUAUACAGUAAGAACGCUUCUGCUGUUUUUGAGUGGUUAGAUAGCACCCCAGUAAAAUUCUCUAACUGGCACAGCCAAGAACCUAACACCUUUCAAAGAACAGGACAACUCUGUGUUACAGCACAAGUACCUGAGGGACGUUGGAAGAUUAAAAAAUGUGAAGACAGAUCUUUCUACAUUUGCAAAAAAGCAGGGGAAUUUAAUAUUGUCUCUCCUGAGCUGGAAUCCAGUUGUCCAGAGGGAUGGGAAAGACAUGGUGGAUAUUGUUACAAAAUCGACAGUACCCCUCGAAGUUUUGAACAUGCUUCCAGUGGUUAUUUCUGCCCAUCUGCACUUGUAUCAGUAACAAACAGGUUUGAACAAGCUUUUAUCAACAGCAUGAUCCAGAGCAUCACAAAAUCUGAGAGAACUUAUUUUUGGACAGGCUUGCAAGACCUUAACAACACAGGAGAGUACUUUUGGCUGAGUACAGCAGGAAGGAAUCACUCCGUGAGCUACACAAACUGGAACAAGUACCAGCCACGCCGUUCUGGAGGAUGUGUGGCUAUGCGAGGAGAACAGCCCAUUGGUUACUGGGAGGUGAAAAGCUGUGAGAACUUCAAAGCAAUGUCAUUGUGCAAGCAAAAAGUCAAUUCUUAUGAAGAACCUGAACUUACUUUUCAAAAACAUUUGAGUUCCUGCUAUUUUGGAUGGGAGUCUGAAGCUCAUCUGCUCAGCUGCUACAAGGUACGUGACAAGUUUGUUCUGAAUCUUUCUGAUCCUGCAUAUCAGCUUAGGGAUACGCUGUUCCUAAAACAUUUUUUGUAA